AUGAAGACCUUCACCACUGCUCUCGUCGCCAGCUUCGCUGCCCUCGCCCAGGCCGUCAAGCUCACCAACAGUGACUUCUCCGUCACCGCCGGCCAGCCUUUCACCAUCACCUGGUCCGAUGCUACGGGCCCCGUCACCCUGACCCUCAAGAACGGUGCCAGCACCGACCUCAAGACCGUUGCCGCUAUCACCUCCGGUGCUACUGGUACUUCAUUCACCUGGACUCCCUCGGCCAGCCUUCCCUCCGACACCUACGCCAUUGAGAUCUCCGAUGGCACUGAGACCAACUACUCCGGCCAGUUCCCCGUUGUCGGUGCUUCCGGCUCCGCCACCGCCACCGCCUCCGGCUCUGCCAGCGCUACCGCCUCGGCCACUGCCUCCGCUUCUGCCUCCGCCUCUGCCUCUGCUUCUGCUACGGCCACUCUGACCAUCACCUCCUCCGCUUCUGAGACUGCCUCUGAGACCGCUGCCACCGCUUCUUCUGCUGCCAACUCUACCAUCGCCUCUACUGUCUCCACUAGCACCCGCAGCACCCGUGUCUCUUCUUCCACCUCCGGCUCCACCACUGCUCCCACCACCGUCCCCGGCUCUGACGCCGGCCGUAUUGGCUCCCCCAUUGCCCUCAUCGGCCUUGCCGUUGCCGCUAUGCUGUACAUCCAGUAA